GAGGCCCUUUAAUGAUCACGACUGUAAAUACAUCACGUGAUAUCCGGGUAAAUCGACACAAAGAUUCUCUUCCGCUUCUUUUGCUCUUUACUGCUAGUAAGUCGUGAACUUGGUGUUUGUUCUCUCUUUUAGAGCUAAGGUCGUAUCCGACGACUUACACCGAUAUAAGUUCAAUCCGUUUUUGAGUAAUCAAAUCUAAAACAAGAAAAUGACGACCGAGGCUGAACUGGCAUGCGUUUACUCCGCAUUAAUUCUCGUCGAUGAUGAUAUCGCCGUAACCGGUGAGAAAAUACAAACAAUUUUAAAAGCAGCCAAUGUAAAUGUUGAAUCUUAUUGGCCUGGACUUUUUGCCAAAGCCUUGGAAGGCAUAAAUGUUAAAGAAUUGAUUACAAACAUUGGAUCUGGUGUUGGAGCAGCGCCUGUUGGAGCAGCUCCGGCCGCUGCAGCACCUGUUAGCGCUGAAACUGCUCCAGCCAAAGAAGAAAAGAAGAAGGAAGAACCAGAAGAAGAAUCAGACGAUGAUAUGGGUUUUGGUUUAUUCGACUAGAGUCACGAAUCGCAUUGGUCCAUUCCUUACGUAUGUACAGCAGUCGUCUUGUACACAUAAUGUAAACAAUAAAACAUUUUCAUAGGAAAA